GCUCAGUGCGUUAAACCCUAAAGGAGAAGAAGCACGAUUAUAUUGUCGUACAGCCAGGAAUAAAUGCCUAAUUGCAAGUCUUCAUCUGUUUGUAAUUCUGCAAACAUGCCAGGAGAACCCACUAUGAUGAACUCACAAGAGAUUAAUUAUAAUAAUUUGGUAUCUGCAAGAAUCUCCAGUGGUCAGCCAACUUCAUCUGGUCCUCACCACAUGAGCAAACAAAGGCAGAAGAUAAUUUACCACUGCUCUGAGUGUGGGAAAAGCUUUAGUAAUGGAGGAAAUCUCAAAAUGCACCAACGUACCCACACAGGAGAGAAGCCGUAUAAUUGCUUCCAGUGUGGUAAGAGUUUUACUCAGCGAGGACAUUUCAUGCAACACCAGAGGAUUCACACAGGAGAAAGGCCGUACCACUGCUCGCAGUGUGGAAAAUGUUUUAUUAGUGGAGGAUGUCUCAAAAAACACCAGCUCAUUCACACAGGAGAGAAACCAUAUCACUGCUCACAGUGUGGAAAAAGCUUUAGGCAAAGAGGAACUCUCACAAAACACCAGCAGAUUCACACAGGAGAGAAACCAUAUCACUGCUCACAGUGUGGAAAAAGCUUUAGUCUCCUAGGAUCUCUCAAAACACACCAGCGCAUUCAUACAGGAGAGAAACCAUAUCGCUGCUCACAGUGUGGAAAAAGCUUUAUUGAUGGAGGAACUCUCAAAAAACACGAGCGCAUUCACAGAGAAGUGAAGCCGUAUUACUGCUUACAGUGUGGGAAGAGUUUUACCCGUGUGGACACCCUCCAACAACACCAACGCAUUCACACGGGAGAGAAGCCAUAUCGCUGCUCACAGUGUGGGAAGAGUUUUUCUGAGAGAGGAUAUUUCAUGAAACACCAGCGGAUUCACACAGGAGAAAAGCCGUAUCACUGUUCACAGUGUGGAAAAAGCUUUAGUUGUGGAGAAUAUCUCAAAACGCACCAACUCACCCACACAGGAGAGAAGCCGUAUCACUGCUCUCAGUGUGGAAAAAGCUUUAGGCAGAUAGGAAGCUUCAAAAUACACCAACGAACCCACACAGGAGAGAAGCCGUAUCACUGCUCUCAGUGUGGAAAAAGCUUUAGACAGAUAGGAAGUUUAAAAAUACACCAGCGCAUUCAUACAGGAGUGAAGCCGUAUUCCUGCUCGCAUUGUGGUUUGUGCUUCAGUUAUUCAAGUGCACUUAAGAAACACAAGUGCAUAACAGUGGAGCUGUCCAUCAGUAACACAUGAACUUGUUGAGCCAAAAAAAAAUUAUUAUUAUUAUUAUUAUAAUUCAGGGUGUAAUGAUGCAUAAUUAGUUUUGAUUCACGGUACUGGCUUCAUGAUUCAAUUCAAAUUGGUUAUUUUGGAAAAAAUUUGAAUGAAGAAAAAUUGACUGAAAAGACUGCUUUAUUAUUUCCGAAUAAUAAACCAUGCAAAGCAUUUUUUUCUGCAUAAAAGACAAAAAUUGCUAUGAAAAGAGGUUUAAUAUUGUCAACAAAAUGUGCUAAACUUUCACCAUAUCAUCAAAAUGAAUAAAUACUUUUAUAAAUUCUCUCAAAAUCUGAUUGAAUAAACAAUGUCUCUAAUUGGGGAAAAGGAUCUUCUGAGACAUAAUAAGCAACAUAAUAGCAUAAAUAGCAGUACCAAAGGCAUCAUUUUAAUCAGAAAUAGAGCUCCAAAGUCAGGUAAAAUGCCUGUAUGUCGCAAACUGAUUUGUGAAUGAUGCCUUUCAUAUCGCUCCUGAUCUUGACUUGAUAUUUUGAAAAAGACUGAAUGUUUGAUUGGGUAAGCACCGGUAAUUCAUCACGAAGGACUCUGGUACACAGCAAGUCCUGAUUUACUCAUCUAUGUCUUUUCCUGUAAUUUGUAACCAAGUAUUGUAAUUAGUGAGUCUCAUUUAAAGUAGUUAAUUUUGGGUUAAAUGGGAUCUGUGAACCAUUUGGGAAAAACAUCUCGUUCUUACAAUUGGUGGAGGUUUUUUGAUAUUCCUGAAAAUGCUUGUCCAAGUAAUAAAUGAUGAAUGCUUCCUGAUACCUUCAGAUAGCUGUGAAUUAAAGGUAAAUUUCUUUUUAUUGAGCAAAAAUGCAGAUUUGACCACACAGAUGAAUGUUUGUGGGGCAAAAAUUAUGAUUGAAAAGUUGCUUGACUGGGCGGCAUGGUGGUGUAGUGGUUAGCACAGUCACCUCACAGCAAGAACGUUCUGAGUUCGAGUUCAAGCCCAGUGGCUGAUGGGGGCCUUUCUGUGUGGACUUUGCAUGUUCUCCACAUGUCUGCGUGGGUUUCCUCCAGGUGCUUCAGUUUCCCCCCACAGUCCCCACAUACAAGACAUGCAGGUUAGGCUAAUUGGUGGCUCAAAAUUGACCGUAGGUGUGAAUGAGAGUGUGAAUGGUUGUUUGUCUCUCUGUGUCAGCCCUGUGAUGAUCUGGCAACUUGUCCAGAGUGUACCCUGCCUCUCGCCCAUAGUCAGCUGGGAUAGGGUCUAGCUUGCCCGCGACCCUGCACAGGAUAUUUGGUUAUGGAUAAAGGAUGGAUGGAAGUUGCUUGGCUUCCACGACACUAAUGACACCAAAGAGCUGAAGUAAUUCUCACAUUAAUAAUGUAACAAGUUUGAGACAAGGGAAAAUUUGUGAUUGAGAAAUCUACAAUUUCCAUAGAAGCUCUGUAGUAACAUUUAAAUCUGGGAUCUUUUUGUGAAUCAUUUACAGUACCAGUCAAAAGUUUGG